AUUAGCCAAUUUCGACCACGCAAUGUUCUGUACACAACAGGCUCUUGAAUAGGCUACCUCUUACAUGAAUAAAGGAGUCUUUCUGAAAAAACUGAUCAACUGGCGUUCUACUAAUAUUCUGGAAUCAGGUAAAUAAAACAAGUCAAGAUGCUGAAUCUUAGCGAUGAAGUGGUGAAGAUGAGGAGUGAGGUAAAGAGGGUGAAGGUUUUCAUCAUUCGCAAGCUCACCCGUCAGAUGAACAUGCUCAAAAAGAAGAAGGGCAAAGAGGAAGACAUGCAGAGAAAUCAGCGACGGGCAGCAAGACUGUUGGAGGAGAUCCAUGAAAUGAAAGUCCUAGCACCAGACACAGUCACCAAGUCUGCGUUGCAGACAGACAUCAACUUUGAGAAGGUGUGUCAGAAUACACAGGCCAGCAUCACAGAUCGUGCUGUGGCCCGCAUAGCCACUCAUCCUCAGUUCAGCCAAAAGAUUCAGAGCAUCAAGGACCGAAUCAAGGCCUUUAAAGACGAGAGGACCGGCACAUCAUCAAAGGGAGAGAAGAAGAGUAAACCAGAUAUAUCUGAAAAAGAGACUGAGAGGCCCGUGGCCAGUGAAGAUGUUCAGGCCACAGCUGGUGAGGUGAAGAUAUUGAUAGAGAAACUGGAUGAAAAUGACACUCCUCCUAGUGAAGGCUGUGUUACUGGUACUGAUGGGACAACUGCUCCUCAAACCAUGUCAGACAAUGAAGCAGCCACAGUAAAACAGACAUCAACAGAAGGCGAGAAAGUGCCUGUGGAGGUGGUGAGGAUGAGGAAGGAGGUGAAGAAGAUAAGAGUGCUCAUCAUUAGCAAGCUCACAAACCAGACAGUAUUCCUCAAAAGGAAGAAAGGUGAGCUGUCCGAGAUGGAGGGAAACCAGCAGAAGAUCAGCAGACUCCUCAAAGAAAUUCAGGUGCUUAGAAGCAUCAAACCAGACCAUGUGACCCAGGCUGCCUUGCAGGAGAAUGCAAACCUGGAGAAAGUGUGUGAGGACCCUGAUGCCAGCCCACUGGAACGAUCCAGUGCCCGUAUCGUCACGCAUCCUCGCUUUGUGAAGAGGCUGCACGCAGUGAAAGAGGCCAUUGAGGAGGAGAAGCGAAAAGCUGCAGAAGCUGAGGAAAAGAGGAAAAGACGCCUUGAGCAGGCCUCUGUGCAGGGAGAGGACAGCGAAAACGAGGAAGGUGAUGAGGACCAGGAUGACGAGGACGAUGACGAGGACCAGGAUGACGAUGAUGAUGACGAUGAUGAUGAUGAUGAUGAUGAUGAUGAUGAUGAUGAUGAUGACGACAACAACGAAGAUGACGAGGAGGAUGAUGGUGAUGAGGAGACAGAAGAGGAUGAUGAGACAGGCGAUAGUGAAGCAGAGGAUGAGGAAGAGGAAAUGCUAAAUGAGAGACCCGUUACUAGUAAAUCUCAGGUAGCUGAAGUGGCCCAGAAGGUUGAAGACGUUUCAAUUGAAGCAACUUGUUCCUCUGUAAAGAAACAGUCACCUGUAGAAGGAAAGCCUGAAGGACAUUCUGUGACUGUUGUGGAUCAGGAAAGCACAUCAAACAUUUCUUCCAUUGUAGACAGCAGUUUCAAACCUGAUGCAAAUACAACGCCCUUGAAGAAAAGCCCUGCUGUCUCUCCUGCUCCAAAAAAUAAAUCGAUUUCUAAAUCUGUAUGCAAGACACCAGUAAGUAAAAAUGAAAAGGAAGUGAAAGUGACAGAGGACGUUGACAGUGGAAGUGAUUUGGAAUUGUCUGAUGGUGAGGAAAAGCCAUACUUUGAUGACAGCACAGAGGAGCGUUUUCACAAGCAGUCAUCUAUGUCAGAGAGCGAUGACGAUGACUUCUUCAUUGGCAAGGUCAGCAAAUUUAAGAAGAAGAAAAAGAAUCAGACUGCUGGUGAGGAAAAGACAAAAGACGCAAGGAAGAGUGCCGACGAGGACACUGAGCAAGACCACAAACCAGAGGAAAAGGAAACCACAAUCAAGAGUGACUUCAAACACUCUAAAUUUGAAUCGGUCUUCUGCAAUGCCCUUUCAAAGGGCAGAGGUGGCAGAGAUAGAUUUAGUUCCAAACCGCCACCACGGUUUCAGAAGCCAAUGAGACAGCCAGUGGGGGACUCAAAAGCUCCCUGGGAGAGGAAGCAAAACCAGUACUCUGCACCAAACAGGAAACCAGGGUCGUCCUUCCAGAAUCAGAAAAGUGAUUUCAGUAGUAGUUGGGGACAUAAGGAAAAGGGUUCCUUCGGAGCGGGAAGAGGCAGGCAACCCAAUGACAGUUGGCAGAGCCAGAGUAGGAGCCAGAGGCCACCACCAGGGAAGACCUUUAACUCCUCUAGGCAAGCUCCAGAGGCACUGCAUCCUUCCUGGGAGGCCAGCAAAAAGAGGAAGGAGCAGAUGAGUCAAAUAACAGCGUUUCAAGGGAAAAAGAUCAAGUUUGACGAUGAUUAAUGUGGUUGUGAUAGGAGACCAUUUUUUUUUUUUAUUAUCAGAUUUAUUAACAUAUGUUGGAGACAUUGAGCAUUGUAACAUUUUUGCCCAAAACAAGUAGUGUAAUUUUACAUUUGUAUUGUGCUUCUGUAUGUUGGAAUUUGUGUUAUGUUGCUUAAUUUCAUGUUUCAUAACGUUGUCCAUGUCAUUAAAUAUAUGCCAUUGUA